GCGGGUUUUCAAGAACAUUGUCAACGGGGAAAUUAUUAAGAAAUAUAAUUUUAAAACAACUUGCUCAAAGUAUUUUAAAUAUGGAAAAAUUAAUGAAUAUCAUAACAAUGUAAAACUACAGGGUGGAUCACGGAGCAAGUUCUUGGGCCAGUUGAGAAAAAAAAUUCAAGACUUUUAUGAAGAAGACAUCAACAGCCGAAUUUGCCCAGGCAAGAAGGAUUUUGUGAAGAAAAAUAAAAUCAGACGUCAAAAACGCUUUUUACUUGACACUAUUAAGAAUCUAUACCUAAAAUAUCUAAAAAUCAACCCACAUCCAAAUAUAAGCUACAGAUUGUUUUGCCGAUAUCGCCCAUUUUGGGUGAAAGCUAUGAAUGUGGUGGACCGAGAUACAUGUAAGUGUGUGACACAUGCUAAUAUGGAGUUAAUGGUUGACAGUUUGUACUCCAACAAGAUUAUUUCCGGAAAGACUCCUGCUCAGGUAAUUAAAGACAUGUGUUGCAACGAUCAUGAUGAAAAUUGUCUUUUAAGGGAAUGCUCUAAAUGUAAAAACUCAAGUAUUCUAUACAAUGAUUAUGACGAAAACCUAACUAUUCAGUAUUUUAAAUGGCUUAAUUUAAAUCAAGCAUACUUUGACAAAAAGACGCAAACAACGAAGUUCACUAAAAAAAUUGCCAAAGCUGCCAAGCAAGUAAAAGUGUCUGAUUUUGUGCAACAGUUUGAAUGCCAAUUAAAAUCUUUUAUGUGUCACAGUGCUCGAAUUGGACACCAAUACAAUUUUAUAAAGACAUUGAAAGAAUCCUUACAACCAAAUGAAUUAAUUUUACACUGUGACUUUAGUGAAAAUUACAGUCUAAAGUACUCGCAAGAAAUACAAUCCUACCAUUUUGGAGGAUCCCGGCAACAAAUAACAAUGCACACAUCUGUAGCAUAUUCGAAUUUGCAAAACACUGGAGUCAAUGUGGACAGCUUUUGUACUCUUUCAGAAUCCCUGGAUCAUAACCCACCUGCCAUAUGGGCGCAUUUGUUUCCACUAUUCAAAUUUUAUGCUAACAAAGGUAUUAGAAAACUACAUUUUUUGAGUGACAGUCCAAGUACUCAGUACCGGAAUAAAGAUAUGUUUUCCUUCAUUGCUAAUCAAUUAAAGAAACAUUUCAAUGAUAUAGAAGAAGUAACUUGGAAUUACAGCGAGCCGGGCCACGGAAAGGGGGCUCCUGACGGCAUAGGCGGGGUAUGCAAGCGCACAGCCGACCGCAUUGUCGCACAAGGGCAAGACAUUUCCACGUUUCAAGAUCUUGUAUUAGUUUUACGUGAACAUUGCACUGGUGUUCACUUUUUCGAAAUCACCAAUGAAGAAAUACAGUACUGUAAAGAUUUAAUUAAAAAUACCAAAAGAUUGUCGUUUCAUGGAACCAUGAAAGUCCGUCAGAUUAAGACCUUUACUGGAACUAGAAUUCUUUUUUUAAGGUCUUUAUCGUGUCUUGACUGUCAAGAAUUUUGCAAACACUUUGAACUGGGACAACUCAAUUAUAACAAUGCAACAAAAGUAGACCGUGAAAUAUCUAAAAGUACCUUUAAUGCCACUGAACGCAAGUUAAAAAAUUCGCUUCCUUUAUCUAAACGUAAUGCCUCACAUAAGAAACUGAAAUAUGAGGAUGUAUACAGUGAUGAAGAAAACACCAAUGAGCCAAUCUGCUCCAAAUCGUCGACUUCUAUAAAAACUGGCUCCUACAUUCUUGUAAAUGUUAAAAAAGAGAAAAACAAAAUAAAAGAUGCCAAAACUUUUGAUACUUACCGUUACGCAGCUGUUUGCCAAAGUGACGUUGAUAAUGAUGGUGAAGUAACGGUAGCUUUUCUUAAAAUUAUAUCCGACAAAUCCAACAGAAAUGAGCAAGUUUUCAGACUGGAUGAGCAGGAUAAAAGCUGUAUUGAAUAUGAUCAAAUUGUUAAAGUUUUACCUCAACCUAAUUUAGUAUUAAAAGGUAACCGAGUGUAUUAUAAAUUUCCGGAAAUAGUGGACAUAUUUGAAUCUGCUUGAUUUGAUAAGUUUCUAAUAUUUUUAGUACAACUGUACAAGUACAACAGAAUUAGAUUUUUAUUUGUGGUGUUACUCAUUGCUCAAUUAUGGGCAACUAAAUUAUUUUUUGUUUUCUUUUUUAUUGUUCUUUAACUGUAUUAUUACUUUUUUAUUUUUGUAUGCUUAAUUCCAGAAUUAAGAGUUACAUGUACUAAUAAUGUUUUAUAAAGUACUUAUUUUCUAUUAUUAAAGUUCCUUAAAGAACCAAAAAAGUAUGUUUAAACACUAUUUGACUGUUCAAGCAUUUAUUUUUUUACUGAGACUUUUUACAUUUCCUUUUUUUUAUUUUUUAUGAAAUAAAUGUUUCUUAAACUAUAAAAAGUUUGUUUGUUUUUUAUAUUUUUUAAAACGCAUCACGUUAGUGCAAUGUUUUGUCAGACUCAUACUUCAAUUGUCAGUACCGUGCUUUGAUUGUCAGUAACGUGCUUUGAUUGUCAGUACCGUGCUUCGAUUGUCAGUUCCGUGUUUGGCUAUUUUUUUAAAAUGCAAAUAUUUCGAUAAAAUAACAUAUUUCAUAACAUUAUCAUACAAAGAUUUUUACUUAUGCAUCUAAUACAUAUCUUAAGUACAGUUAUUACAAUUAUUUUUGACUUUUAUCUUUCAGACACAUUUACCUUCUAAAUUACUCACUUUUGGGGCAAUCACCC